AUGAGGAGGGAGGCGCUGGCCGUGUGCAUGUACUCGGGCCUCCAGUGCCAGGGGCUCACGCUGCCCAGCGUUCUGGCGCUGCCAGCUGCCGUCUCGAGUACGGCCAGGGUCUCCCUCCGCCCAGAGGCUGGCAGUCCUACCGGGCCUGGCCUGCGGCAUCUGCAGCGCAGGCGGGGGGGGGGGCGUGAGGAGGAGGAGGAGGAGAAUUAUAGUGGAAGGAGGAGGAGGAGGAGGAGGAUCAGCUCGCGCCAUGUGAGCGCCACCUACGGCAAGCGCACCUUGACAGGGCACUUGGUGUCUCCGGCUCAGCCCAUGCAAAGCCCGCAGUUCCUCGGGGGCGCGACCGACUCGUCGCCGUACCUGGGAGGACGCCACGUCCUUCACACCAGUCCAGAUCCUCUCCUCCUCCAGGCUCCCUGA